AUGGGCUCUAGUGCAAGCAAUAAUUUAAAUAAUAAUGAGACUAUUGAACGUUUUAAGUUUAAAUUUAUCGAUUGUGCGUGUAAAUGUGAUGCAAGAAAGAGAAAAAUUGAUAAUACAGAUCAAGGAGGUACUCCACAAGCGGUAUUUAUGACCGCACUCAUGCCACGAAUUGAACGAUCGCAAUAUGAUCUUCAUUGUGAUUGUGAUUGUGGUGAAGGUGUUAAGCUUGGCUUUUUAUUCGGAAAUAGUUCAUCAGCUGCAGACAAUAUGAUGACUAAAGAAAAUCAAAAGUCAACGGGAUCCUCUGACAGUAGUCAUUAA